CAAUUGUGUUAUUCGAUAGAUUCAGGAUAGGAUCGAACUGAAAGUUAACGUGUAGUAUGUCGCAAAUUUUCCAUUAAUCACCAGAAUUGGAUAUACACGUCGAGCCGCAUAUCCUGGUAUAAAGGAUAUCUGUAAAGUUGCAUUAAUAAUCCUCAAACUAACUAUUUAUUCACGGAACAUUUGUAGCAGCACUUUAAGUGAAAUGUAAAAAAAACGGAAAUAAAAAGUGUUUUUAUGUGAAUGACAUAACUGAAACCACUCUAAAAUGUUGAUUCGCUGGAAAAGUAAGGAUAAAAGUUCAUCCUCUUCGGGGAAUUCCAAAAAGAAAAGGAAAGGACGAGAUGGAGAGGAGGACUGGCAAAACGACAAAGGGAGUCGAAACCAGCAGCCCGAACAAGAUGAUAGGCGUCGAGCUGCCAGGAAUCGAGAAGACCCGAGGCGCCACACCUUGGGUGGGGAUAUGUUCCAUUUUCAGGGACAAGGAGAUCUGCCUGUUCAUCAAAGGUCACUGGAUUUGAAGGCUCCACCCAUGCGGACUUAUACCCCAACAAACAAAGGUCCCCUUUUCGAUGAAGAUCCGGGUAUUAUGUCUGAAGUGGAAACUGCUAGCACCGGUUUUCGGAGAGGUGGAAAACAACGCUCAUCACUUCCGGUUGUACGCACUCCAUCGAAAACGCUCGAGAGGCCUCUCGGACUGGUGUUCUUACAGUAUAGAUCCGAAACAAAGAGAGCUCUCCUGCCCAACGAGAUAACUUCGAUCGAUACGGUGAGGGCCCUUUUUGUUCGUUCUUUUCCAAGACAGCUGACCAUGCAAUAUCUGGAAGGCCCCAACGUGAAAAUAUACAUACAUGAUUCCAGUAAAGAUAUGUUCUACGAGUUGGAGGAUGUGAGAUCACAUUUACGGGAAAUUCGGGAUCGCUCCGUGCUACGAUUAUUCGAAUCGAACGAAGUCAGUGCUCCACAGGCUUUACCUGGUGGUCCCGGUAUUCCGCAGCCGUUACCGAUUUCUAACGUUAUGGGCGGACUUUGGGACAAUGAUCAGAGUUAUUUCAGUGAACCAGAAUUCGAUUCAGAUUAUCAACAUCAACAUAUUCAUAAAAGCAAGGCUGGAAAAGCACCAUACUACAUGGGAGCCCAAACUUUACCGAGAGGAAUGUAUUCGGACAGGAACAAAAAUCCUGCAGGAUUGCCCUCUAAACCGAUUCGAUCGUACGGUUCUAAAAACAAUAUCGGCCCUGCUUAUCCAUACUCCACGGAUCAGCUGUACAGUAUACCAGAUGGAUACAUGAGUUCGCCAGAGCGUGGGGGAUCGGGACGAUCCUACGAAGAGCCGUAUUACAGUCAAUACGGCACGCGCGGUGGCCAGGUGGCGUCAAUUAUCGAUGAAGAGCAAAGGGAUAUAUCAUCCGCAGAUGAACAGUUUUCCUUGUACGGUGGCAAAGGUGUUGGACGGCACGGCGCUAACCAGAUAUAUGAACCUACCAGGCCGGAGGAUAUGCAUCGAAUCAGAGUCGAACAUAUGGAGAGACAACUGGCUAAUCUAACCGGAUUAGUUCAAAAGGCGUUGACUCAGAAACCACCACCACCAGUCCCUGGUAACAAUCCGAAUCUCCUCAGCAUGCCAACACAGUACAGAUCAGAUAAAUCAGUGUCAUUCGAGAAAUCUGUUUCGUUUAGCGAUGAUAUUCAAGGAACACCGAAGUCAUAUUCUCCUCAUCAUCUGGCUGAUUCCAAACCUUCAAAACCAGCCAUUAAAUCUUCAACCCUCCCUAGAACAUCAUCACAAGAAAGAGACCGCCUCAAACCAUCUCCACCCCCGAAGCCGCUCGUAUUGACAACGACUCAAUACAAUCCAGAUCUGUCACUUCCGCCGGAAGUUUAUAACAAUUUACGAAGUUUACAGAAGAAGGCAAAGGAUCUGCGAACCGAGGUUCGUGCCAUGCGGCGACUUACACAAUCACAAGCAGUAUCCAUAAGGGAAGACAUAAAGGAUACUUUCACGCGAAUCAGAGCCACACUUUUAUCCAGUAGUGGAGCUUUUUGGUGCCAAUCGGAACAGGAAAGGAUUAAACUGACAAGAGACGAGGAAAUUUAUAAACAAGAAGUUGUACGACUAGAGAAGGACCUAAGUGACCUAGAGGGAUCUGUCGAGGGAUUGAGAGGCGAAGUCAUCAAUCGUCGCACAAGAGUAAACAUGACAGCCGUUGAAGAUAUGGCUUUAGUGUUAAGUAGAGCAAGCAAAACGGUUGCCGAGUUGAAAAUUCGAUUUCCUAGACUACAACAAGACUUACGCACGUUUUUAUCGUUAGAUAUGGAGAGACUUUGUCGCGAAGAAACAUUUUUGAAGGAAGAGCCCGAUCGUCUUGAAUCAGCUUUGAGAAGAUGCAAGAAAUUAACUGGGACAUUGGUCACCUUGAAAAGACUGGCCAGUGUUCAGGAACAACGACUGCCAAUAGUUGAGACCACUUUGCCCGAAGAGUCCAUAAGGGUUUUGGAGAAUCCGACUAACAAGCCAAUUCCCAGCCCCCGAAUGGGAGCGAUCACUAUCAAUGGAGGGAUUGCCCCAGAAAACGCCCUCGAUGCUCUUCUAGAUGAACUUCAAACCUUUGCCAAACCGCCGAAUGGAUCAAACGAGAUUCGGCUCGAUGACUCAACAUCCGACGACAGUUCCCAAGCAAUACAAAAUACUGUAUCAACUAAAAUAUCUCAGUCGCAACUAUACCCAGAACCCAUGUCAGCAAACGUUGGUCUUCGCCGAUUGCACUCAUAUCCCAGCGGAUCUGAUACGGAUACCAGUCCACCACAGCCUGUUCGCCCGAUAGGAAAACCGCCAGUUCCGGAACGUAACGCUGAACUUUUGUCGAAAGUGAACAACAAAAGAGUACCUCCGCCCCCACCCCCACGAACCAGCUCCCGCAGUCCAUUGUCCAGCCCCACCAGCCCCAAUAUGCCGCACCAAUCCCACCAACAACCCGAAAUAGAUCAAGACAACAUUCAAAUGCCGGAUGCUUUGUACAAGGACUCUGGAAUGGACUCCAGUAGUGAUUCUGUUAGCUCCGAUAAUUCUCAACGCCAGCAGGUGUUGGAACUGCGUCAUCAAGAACUCUUGAAGAAGCAAAAACAGCUUCAAGAACAGUACCAACGCUUGCAGCAACUUAGCAAGAACAGUAUUCCCCUAGCUACCCCUGGCAACGACGAGAAAAAAAGUCGAGAUCCCAAUUUUGCUUCAAAGAUUAGAAUAGGUACAAAUGACUCGAUGGCUAGUUUAACGGACGAAAAUAUCUCUGAUACCAACGAAUCAGUUUUAACUGCAAAUGGUAUUUUAAACAUAGAAAAACAUGGCGAAAUGGUUCAUGGAACGGGCAACGUCAACAAUCUUACUAAGACUACUAACAAAGUAUAUGAAACUGAUAUACUAUAACAAGAAUACAUUUGAAAAAAAAGAACACAAAAGCGUUUUUCCUACAGUCACAUUUGAUGCUAUAAUUGUUUAGAAAAAAAAAUCAGCAACUGGUGUUGAUAUAAAGUCAUACUUUAUAUGUUUUUUCAAUGCAAAUAAAAAUAAAUUUAUUUAGAAA